UCGAUCACUCAUACAAUUGAGCGUAAGGAGGAAGUUUGUGAUCCGUCGAAAGUGAAACCCUGUAAAGGUUACGGUGAAGUAUGCUUAACGGAUAGGAAUGGUCGUUCGCGAUGCAUUUGUGCAAAUAAUGGAACUCGUGUUGAUGGCGUCUGCUUGGGUGAGGAGAUUUUUGGACUCUCGUUUUUGAUUGUUUUUUUUUCUUCACCUCCAAUAGUUCAACUGGUAUUUCAUCGAGAAUUGGUCCCGUUCAGUUGA